AUGUUCACUGGCCUCGUUGAGCAUAUCGGGACGGUUACGUCUCUCGAACCCCUCGAUACCACAUCAAGUGGGGGCGGGGGAACCUCACUGACGAUUUCCGAUUGUGAGGCGAUUCUCACAGAUGCCCAUCUCGGGGACAGUAUUAGUGUCAAUGGAACCUGCCUCACGGUGACCGCAUUUGACAAGACCUCGUUCAAGGUUGGUGUCGCCCCCGAGACUCUUCGUCGGACGAACCUAGGAUCACUGCAGCAAGGCUCGCGGGUAAAUCUCGAGCGUGCUGUUCUGGCAGAGACCCGGAUGGGAGGCCAUUUCGUCCAAGGCCAUGUCGACACCAUCGCAAAAGUUCUCGCCGUCACGCCGGAUCAGAACUCUCUAGUAUUCAGAUUGCAGCCUCGCGAUCAGGGUGUUAUGCGGUAUAUCGUGGAAAAGGGCUAUGUCACGCUGGACGGCGCCAGUCUGACGGUGACCAAAGUUGUGGAUGGCGAGGAUGGAUAUUUCGAAAUCAUGCUUAUUGCGUAUACACAAGAGAAGAUCGUGACGGCAGCAAAGAAGCCCGGGGAUGAUGUGAAUGUGGAAAUUGACAUUGUGGGCAAAUACGUGGAGAAGAGUGUCGAGGGUUACUUUGCCGGAACUGCUGGUGGAAACAUGAGUAUCCUGGAGAAGAUGGUGUCGCGCAUUGUGGAAGAGAAACUGAAACGGUGA